GGGCCGAAGCGAAGCCGAGCGAGGCCGAAGCGGGGCCGAGAGGGCGCGAUGGCGGCGACGCCGCCACCGAAGCCCUGGGAGUCCCGGCGGCUGCCGGGCACCGCGCCCUCCUUCCAGUCUGCUGACUUGGGUGACAACCUGCUGACCAGGCCCAGCCAACCCACGGUGGUGCGAAUCCCUCCACCCAUUUUGCCAAGACCAUCCCAGCAGACAGCAAGCAGCAGCCUGAGCACUUUCAGGCCAGCCUACAGCAGUUCUUUCUCUCCAAGCUAUGGCUCAUAUGGCACCUCUUUCUAUGGAAGCUACAGUCCCUACAGCUAUGGCUACGGAGGGCUGGGCUAUAACCGCUUCUGUGCCGAUGCCAUUCCCCCCAGCAGGUUCGUGCAGCAGGCUGAGGAGAGCAGCAGAGGCGCCUUCCAGUCCAUCGAGAGCAUCGUGCACGCCUUCGCCUCCGUCAGCAUGAUGAUGGAUGCCACCUUCUCAGCUGUCUACAACAGCUUCAGAGCCGUGCUGGAUGUGGCCAACCAUUUCUCCCGCCUCAAAAUCCACUUCACCAAGGUGUUUUCAGCUUUUGCUCUAGUGAGAACUAUAAGGUACCUGUACCAACGCCUGCAGCGCCUGCUGGGUCUGCGGCAGAGCUGUGAGAACGAGGAUUUGUGGGCUGAGAGUGAGGGCAAAGUAGCUCGUGCUGGCCUUGAAGACAAGGUGGCUAACUCUGCAAAAUCCUGGCCCAUUUUCUUGUUCUUUGCUGUUAUAUUGGGAGGCCCCUACCUGAUCUGGAAGCUGCUUUCUACGUACAGUGACGAAGAAACAGUGUCUAGUAACUGGGCGAGUGGAGAAGAUGACCAUGUAGUUGGAAGAGCAGAAUAUGAUUUCAAUGCUCUCUCAGAAGAAGAAAUUUCUUUCCGUGCUGGUGACAUGCUAAGAUUAGCACCCAAAGAACAACAACCCAAGAUCCGUGGUUGGCUUCUGGCUAGUUAUGAUGGCCAAACAACAGGACUUGUGCCAGCUAAUUACAUCAAAAUCCUGGGCAAAAGAAGAGGUAGGAGAACAGUGGACCUGGAAAGGAUUCCUGAGCAGCAGCCAACCUUUCCCAGCACAGCUGUCAGAGGAGCCCCUGCUGCUGUGACUUUGGAGGAGCAGGAGGCUGCUUUUGAAACGGUUUUUGCUGGAAGCAGCAAAGUUCCCGUUGCGUCGGACUCCGCUGUGGCUGGUGGAGAGAAGCAGGAACUCUGAUGCACUUUGAUCAACAAAGCAGCUGAACUGUGCUUUAUUGAUACCACUUAGGGUUUGUUGAAAAUCUGGUUUGUAGUGGAGCACUGGUGGGUCUGUACCAGUUAUUGCUGCCACUGGCUGUUGAAGGGAUGGAGAAAUGAUUGCUCAAAUUUGUGGUAUUUAUUUUUGACUCACCUAAGGCUGUACGUCAGUGAUUCUAUCCACCCACCUGGCAGCAACUCUGAGAUCUCGAGAUAGGAGAAACGAGGCAUUUAUAAAAGAGCAAACAAAGGAAAAAAAAAAAAUAGGGACUGCCAUUCUUGUUUAGGAGACAAAUUAACACCCAGUCUUUGUAGGAGUAUCCAGCCUCUUCAAAAGAUGUGCAAAGGGAAGAUUGGUUUCUGUAAGAUGUCCUCCAAAACUUCGCACUCAGAACCAUAAGAGAGAGAAUUGCAGGAGAUGCACACACUUGAACAGUUAGAAGGUUUAAGUUGCUUCUCAUAAGAAGUAGGGUUCUGUCAUAAUAACUUAGCUCUUAGAAGAAAAGGGACUUGGGAGGAAGGGAGGAGAAAUAGAGUUUAUAAAGGGAGAGCAGUGAGGCAUCACCAGUAGUUCCAAGCAGUUCUGUUUUGUUUAUUAAAAUUAGAAUAAAGGGUAUUCUGCAGUCAGGCACUCAUCAGUGGUUACUCCCUUAACUAAGUUUGCACUACUCAGCCAUUUUAUGUUGUAGCCUGUUAGCUGCCUCUCUGUCAGCUACCAUCUAUAUCUCAACUUAUUUCUGUCCUUCACUGAUUUAAUAUGAGUGUCAAAAUAUCUGUCCUGUGUUUUUGAGCAGUAGGAAAGCCUUGAGUUGGAGGAAGCUGAGAGUAGUUGGAGCAUCAAAGAAAAAGUAACAUUUCUUGCUUAAUUGUCUCAGAGAAGGUCUCGGAGUUGAACAAACUGUUUAUGCUGCCUUUCAGAUGGUAAAUUUUGCAUCUGCCCAUAAAAUUUGAGGGCUCCAGUUUAUCAAAAGCCAUAAAAAUAUUGAGACUGUUCAGAGUAUUUUCUUCAUAUGGGUGUUUGAGACUUCUGUCUUGAAAUACUGUCUUGGUUUUUUGUUAAAUGAAGCAAAGAUAAUUAAAACUUUUUUUUCCUUGUAGUAUGUAUGUAUAACAUGUUGAACUUCUGAAGGUAACAUCAGUGGAUUAAAUAACUAAGUUUGUCUUAA